UGGCCAAAAAGGAAAGUAUCCCUGAUACAAAGUCUCCGAUCAUGCAACGCCUUCAAAUCCAUCACAUGGAUUGACGACGAUUGUGCCCCUUGCGACAACUUGCUGUCACCGCCCCCACCGCAGCAAGGUCCAAAGUUGUCUAUCGGCGUUUUAUUUACAGUACAAAUAAGAAAGCUUGUUAGACUGUGUCCGCCAACGUCCGAAGAUUCGGCUAGAAAAGAGGGCAUAACCUUGAAGAAAGUCCGGUACUCGUGUAAUUAUUUCCAGCAUAUCCACGAACUUUUAGGAACACCCGGAAUUCCUCAAAGGUACAGAGGCGAAACAUAUGGGGAGUUCUGCCGUCAGACGAUUAAUUUAAAUUGUACUGGCCGCGUUGUUCGGAGCACUAAAGCUAAUAUUGUGGUGGAAGUCGACAUCGUCCGGGAGUUGGAGAUCCUCACGCUUUCGAAGGACGCGGAGGAUGGACGAUGUGCUGUCUGCUUGGAGGGUCUGACCUUCGGUUCCAAAAUCAUUCGUCUACCUUGCUUGCACAUCUUCCAUCGCGACUGCAUUGUCCAAUGGCUGUUCAAAAAACAAGAGUGUCCUCUCUGCCGCAUCCCUUUGCUGGGUCUUGAUUGUUAAUUUUGCAUUAAGGGCUUGUCCAACACAACCUUUCUUGCUGUUAGCACUGUAAACAAUCAUUGCGCAUUGCUUGUGUCUUGAACA